UUUACCCGCAGCUCUUAGAACAAAAUGGCGUCCCCACGUGAAAGAAAUGAUGCAACAAAGGUGAAACACAAAAAGCGGCACAUUUUGUUCUAGUAGUUUGUAGAUGGCCGUAAUUAACAGCGUAUAACUCACACGGUAUAUUUAUUAUCUCUCGGCACGAGAUAACAUGCGAGUAGCUACGUUUGUAUUCUAGAAUUCGAAUUAUUGUCUUCGCCGUUUGUUUGGCAACACAUUUUACAAUGCAUCCUAAGAUAGUCAAGCUUCACGAAUUUGCUGAUACUCAGCAAGAAGAACUUAUACAUGCUGCAGUCGCAUCAUUAAAACUUGGUCAUGUGAUAGCUUUACCAACAGACACCAUAUAUGGUAUUGCAGCUCUCACUCAGAGUUGUAAUGCUGUCCAAAAGCUGUAUGAAAUCAAAGGUCGUCAUCAGGAGAAGCCUGUGGCUAUAGCUGUUGGGAAUAUUGAGGAUGUCAAAAGGUGGGGAAAGGUGACUGUUUCUGAUGACAUCCUCACAGACCUACUUCCUGGUCCAGUUACUCUAGUGUUUGAGCGCACACCGGAGCUGAAUCCAAGCCUAAACCCAGGGACCACUCUCAUUGGUAUUAGAAUACCAAAUCACCAUUUUGUGAAAAAACUGGCAAAGGCGUGUGCAGAGCCAAUAGCUUUGACGAGUGCCAAUCAAAGCAGUGCAAUGAGCAGCCUGAAAGUGGAGGAAUUUAAAAGCUUGUGGCCUCAUUUAGAUUUGGUUGUUGAUGGAGGCCCAGUUGGGGAUUCUCCCGAGUGUCGUCAGGGCUCAACAGUCAUAAACCUCUCUGUUCCAGGGCAGUUCUCUAUCAUAAGGGAAGGAAGUGCAUACCAGCAAACGCUUGAUGUCCUUGAAGCAAAGUAUGGUCUUACAAAUACUGAAAGAUAACAAUUGCAGGAUGUUUCAGGAUUUGAGAUACACACAAUAUUUGAUGAUGUAGCAUUCUCAGAAUAGGGGGUCACACAUCAUAGCAUAUACUAAUCUUCAUAGAUUAAUUACUUUUCAUUUAAAUUCAUUUACAAUUUUAUAUCACAUUUUUUAUUAUUUAACUUUAUCUGAUACUAUCUUCCUUUGAAGAAUGCAUCUAGAUCAGUUUCAAAAGCAGUUCAAUUAAUUUGUAAAUACUGUCCCUGAGGCGGGCCCAGUAGUAUACAUAUGUCCAUUUCUUUAAGCAGAAUUAUUGUAUAUUUAUGCACCAUGCAAUAGACAAUUCUAUAUUACAAUUAUCGAAAUUAUUCUACAUACAUGAUUGAGUGCAAUGGAUGCACCACCGUUCAUUUUUAUCCAAAUUGUUAUACACACUUUAUAUUUAUGUGCUUGUACUAGAGAGAAACCUAUUGCUCCUGUAAAAUGAGUUUCACACCGUACUUGUAGGGCUGUAUUGUAACCAUUUGGUGAUAAUACUUGGUCUUGUCCUCUGCUGAUAAACCUUGUACUAAAACAGACCUAAGGCUGUUUUACAUUUCAAAGAGAA